GUUUCUAAAUUGAUCAAGCCAAGUCCUGGUUUGCACCGGCUGUGUCUUACUGAAGCCUUCAAGUUUGUGACAGUGUUAAAGCCUGCCCUUUAUACGUAUCAACCGUGAUUAAAGGUAUGUCUAUCUGACUGCUAGUUGUGAUAGGAAGUUAUGUUUUUUUGCAGGGCCGAAAACGUCACUACCAUGUUAAAAGACUUCGCGUGUUUUCAAAUUUCUUCGCGAUUAUUCCAACUCGCUUAAAAUGUCGCAUUUCCCUGGAAUUGAAUUCUUGGGGACCGAAACCAAGUUUGGAAGGCGAAAGAAAGAUUCUUCGUCAUAUAAAUGAGACGUUGCGCGAGAGAAUUUCACCGUUUAGAAGACUGCGAACAGGCUUCUAAGUGGAGUGGGUCGAAAAAGAAAAUAGACGAGCGUGGCCUGGGAGAGAAAAAAAAAGGCGGGGGAGCCUGUAGACUUUGUUUUGAUGCCGCCCAUUCAUGAUAAGCAGAUUCUGGUAUCAUGAUCUGAUUGGUCAGAUCGCUGACUGUGGACAAGUGAGUGAUGAAUUUAAUACCCACGUGCUCGCGAAUGCCAUUGGAAGUCGGUUACAGCCGCAACGGGCAGAGGCCCCUCGCUCGCGCGUUCUCGCGCGGCUUGCUUCGCUCGUCCAAAGAGGAGAGCUUUCUCGCAGGUUACGGGUAGCUCGGGUGGACGGGUUACCCUGGACAAUAGGUCAUUUCCGAUUUUCCCCGGACCUCUGUUUCAAAACGAGGCUAGGUGCUCAGCCUUUGAUAUGGAAAUCAUUUUUCAUUCUCAUGCAAAUAAAACUCAUUUUCACAACAAAGGUUGUGCACCUAGCCUCAUUUUGAAAGUGAAGGUUUUUGGAACUCGGAAGUGGCCUAUUUACCUCCAUAUCCACGGGGUCUCCGACCUAAAGAAUGGAAGAGGGUCCUGGGGUGAGGAACAGGUCAGAUCAAGUUGUUUUUCUUACUUUACUCCUACGUAGCAGGCACCAGUUUUGUAGGGCGAAGGAGUAAAUCUCCCCUUCGCGUGUUCCCCUCGCGCGGCCAGUAAUAAAAUAAUUACGGGCGCCUGCUACGCGGGCUGUUCUUACUUUUGAUGCAACGUGGAACUGAUUCUAAUUAUUCUGGAAUACUCUCCUGAAACCGAACCGAGAUUUUCUCAAAUAAAUGCUUCGACCUCAGCAGGUUUAAUAGACUUAAUAUCCAAACAAGUCUGAAACCAGAAUCAGAGACGUAGCGGAACUUUCCAUGUUCGACUCAGAUAAAAAAUGAAAGUUUUCGCGUGGAAAAUCGAACCGCCGAUCACAUAUUCCGAAUUUAUUGCUGACAGUAAAGGGAAUGCUGCGUUUAUGAGGUCACGUGAACGUUAGCCAAGUGGAUUAAUUUGCAUUAGAGUUCCGCGUUUAUUCUUGUGAUAACUAACUGUGAAAACUGCGCAUCAGUGUCCGACUAGUUUGAGGUAGGUUCUUGCAGUGGGUUAUAAUUCCUAACUGUUUUUGAAAUGUGUUUGCACAAGAACUGGGUUGUGUUUAUAUCACAACUCUUGCGUGUUGUUUUGGUUGAUGGUGAGUUUCAGUAGUCGACCAAUAUUUAAUUUUGUACUUUGUGAAAACAUUUUCUGAUGUUUUCUAUAAACAACUCACUCUCCUCUCUUCCCUUCAAUUAUUAAAAUACAGUACAUACAUUAGGACUUAGAAGAGUAUUCUUUCAAGCAAUGAACUUCGUGAGUUGGGUUUAGAAAGUGUUUAUUAAUUACCAGACUGUAGUCACGAUCCGUUAACUCAUUGUAAAACACAAAUAUUUUUCACUACAUUUUCCGUUUUCCCUCAGGGUUUUGUUUUCAAGAGAAACAAAAAGGAACAAAAUAAACAUCUUCAGAGUUAUUCAAACCACCAGGAACCAUUCAAAUUAUCGACAAUUUUAGAGUGUAUUUAUGAGAAUUGUCAUCUCGUCUGUUUCUAUUGUUUAUGACCGUUGCCACAUUUAAAUAUCACAGAUCCGAAAAACUAAUGAACUGAGGCGAACACAAGGAAGCUUAACAUCUAUGGCUUUUGUCACGUUUUUUCCCCCUCAUGUCGAGUUUAACAAUUGUUAUAAAUGAACUCGACAUUUGUGCUGUAAGAUCGUAUUAGUUAGUGUACAAAUAGGCUUACAGUCGUUUAAAUGCGAGGGAGGAGGCAAACAUUUGUUUCGGUUUAAUACGAAUACAACAGUGCGUAGUCUCUAGAAUUUUGCCUGUGGUGUAAAUUAAAUUGGAACAUGAACAGAGAGAGAAAGAGAAAUUAAGAAGGAAACUUUUCAAAAUUUUCGGUUUGCUCAGAAAUACAAGAAUUGUACUUAAAAACAGCCAAACAAACAGCCCUUAAAGCGUCGGUUUUACUAAGAAAAACGUCUAUAAGUUCUUUUCAUGGUUUCAGUCCCAUGUCUAUCUGUAAAGACUUUAAGGCAGAUCAGCAAUUUAUCAAACAGCAUGUCAUGCUGGGAUAAUCAUCUUGAGAGUUCAGGAUAUACUUGUUCACCUGGUGUUUUACUUAUAAUAUUGGUUUGUCGAAGAGAUGUGAUAAGUUCAACUACCUUUGUUUUUUUUCCUUCUUAGUUAAAAGCAUAGUCCUGAAAAUGUACCAUUCAAAGGCGGCUGCGUUUUUUAAGGCAAUAUUGAGGUCUACUCAGGUCACCAGGUUAAUCGUAUUUUUCUCCCUUUAUUCAAAGGGCUUUUGCCGUAGGAAAAACAUUGAGUUUAUAUCAAUAUUUUACAUGUGUUGUAGGGGUACCGGUCAUACAACAGGUGUAAAGCUUGAUUUCCCUUUUGAGCAUAGUCUCAUUCAAAAAAAAAUGAAAAGAAAAAAGAAAGAAAGACAGAAAAAGUUUCUCCUACAUCACCAUGCAAGGUCAUUUUACUCGCGUUUCUGGUAUAAAUCGCGUUCGGUGAGUAAAACUGUGGCUAUAUUUUAUUAUUUCAUCCUGGUUAAUAUCGGGGUUUUUGUUUGCACUUUAUUUAAAUGCAACACGCCUUUUAGCAUUUAAAUAUGUAAAGUUGGUAGCUUGAAUAUGAACAAAUCUCCAGCAACUAAAAUUUGUUUUUUUAUAUAUAUCUAUUGGGCGUGUUACGGUUUUGUCAUUAGCCGGAGUAUUUUGAUAAAUUGCGAAUGAAUAUAUGAAUGAAUCAAUAUUACUAAAUGAACAAACGAAACAUCUGCUUUAAAACUUCAAGCACGUUGUAUUCUUGUCGACUAAUAGGUUUUUCCUUCGAGCAGAUGUAAAUUCGUUUCCUCCUGUCCGGCCACCCUGCACUAUUUCCUUUUUGCUGAUAUUUUUGUCAGCCAGGGAACGUACUUUUUGUUAAAAAGAAGAGAUUUUUAACAAAUGUCACAGCUUUGAAGGAGAAGUUUGCAAACAGGCAACGAGGAGUUGGCAAGACAUAACUAAACUUCCAAAUUCGGCGUUGAGAAAUUAAAAUUAUCUCGUACAAGAGAGAAUGAGCUCAUUUUCUCUUUUCUCAUAUGAUUCUACGGAACAGAUUUGUUUUAUCAUCUAAAGCGUAAAAAUCUUUGCUGACGUUUCGAACGCUAUCGAUUUAACUUAACUGAAGAAAGAACAGCGAACUCAUCGAUCUUGGCGAUGACUAGAAACAAGCUUUAAGAGAUAUGUAGGCCUUCUCAGCGUUUCGUUGUUGUAACACUCACUGUUGUUUUUCCUUAUCGUCCCUCUGGUCGUUAAACGUUUUUUGUUUUUUCACUGUCGAUAGCGAUCAUAUCCUCGUAUACCGCUGCCAUAUUGGAAGGGAACUUUAGCAUCUAAUAUGGCAACGGCAGCGAAGGCGUCAGUCAAAAAAUGAAUUCGCGCUGCUUCAAACUUAUUUAUUCUUACUCCAUCUUGUUCAAUUUGUCAAACGAGUAGAAUUUUUAUGCAGUUGAUUCUAAAGAACUGUAUCUAAGUCAAUGCAGCAAAAAGAAAAAUUAAAUCGUUUUCUCGGGUUCACGUCCCUCAUAAACGCGAAAUUAGAAAGUUUCACAUCGUAGUCGUGCAACAACUGCCAAGAAAUGUACAGAAAAGUGCGAAGUUGUUGUUUUGUUAAUCUAAACCUGGUGGUUUUUUUUACCGUUCUCGUUGCCGUCACCUUAGUCUUUGCUAAAGCUCCCUAAUGACGUGAAGACCCCGGGGACGAGGUUGUUUUACUCAAUACAGCGUUCAAAUUGAUGAAACCAAUCUUCCAGCCUCGUCUCCAAGCCAGUUCGCGCUAUCGGAGUUAGCGAAGGAGGCUUGGAACUGAGCGCAAGUCCUGAAUACGCCCAAUAAGAAUACGCCCUAUGUAGCUAGUCAUUCACGUGGUCCGUCCCCCACCCCCCUCCCCAAGCCGGCGACUGCGGUUGGCGUUUGUGAAUACGGCAAGAUCUUGUUUGUGAUUGGCUAAAAUUGAUGGAAAGUUUAUCAAGACAUUCGGCACUGAAAUGUGUUCGGCAGAUGUAGUUUGAAAAUGCCAACGUUUAAACGUAGUUUGCAAGGGAGAGUGCAGAACAAUAAAAACUAGCCUCAAGUAAAGGGAAUGGCAGUUUUUUAUCAUAUGAGACAUGAAUAGUCACAUUGAAAACUGUGAUGUCGUAAAAAGUUUGAAAUAUUUCGAUCUUUCAACCGCAAAUUGUAAGAAUGAAAAUCGUACAGUUUAUAACAUGUUCUCUGGAAAAGCAAACAUUUUCGUGAACGGUGAACUUAAAUUAUUUUUGUAAUCUGCAUUUUCAAGAUCUUUGUAAUCUAAAGAUGUUGUUUUUGCUUAUCUAUCUAAUUCUAGAAAAGAACUUUGUGGUGAUGCAAUCAGUGUGUGAUAAUGAUAUUGUGGCUCUGCGCAAAGUAUAAAUUAAUUCUAACGGGUAAAACUCAGCGGCUAACGUUAUGAAAACUCUAAAAUGGCGAGCAAUCUUUUCAAAAGACAGUAUUGUUUUUAAGUUUCGCUCCUACUUUGUUAUUCAGACAUGACUGUGAAUCAGCUUCGUUAAUGGUCAGUGUGUUGUUAUCGUUACUGCGGCUUACCCACUGUUUUUAAUUCUUUCCCGCACUUCGGGAAAGCAGUUUUGGUUGCCACAGCUUCUAUUGUUCAGGACUGUUGUUAAAUCUGCUGUAGUUUGUCAGCUUUCUAUUAUAAAUUCGCUUGCUGUGGUGACAACAUGGUCCAGGUAUGCGAAUUGCACUCGAGAAGUUAAAAGACUGAAUGUUCGCGAAGGUAAGAGGAAACAUUUCUCUUAAGAUCUGCGAAGUUAGGUUAACGUCUGAAGCAGAGAUAUAUUUAGUAGAAUAGCUUGAAAUGAAGCCAAAAUUUCAGCAAAACGCGCGUGAUAAUCGCCGCAGCUGUUUGUUAUGGCGAUAAACUGCUAAAAAUAAUAAUUCAGUUUAUUUUUCUGUCAUUCAAAUCCUAAUAUUUUUUAUUAAAGAAAGAUACUGAAAUAAAUGUAUAUGGGCCAAAAAACUGUAUCGGGUCAUAGAUCGCAUAUUUCCAAGGUUUUUUUUUUCCUUGAUGUCUCUUUCAUGUUUCCCGUUAUCCAAAUCAUCAGCACUUAUUUCUUUUGCCGUAAAACAAAUCAAAAUUAAGCGUGCUAAUUUACGGCCUUUUUUGGUUGACAGACCGGUCAGACUAGCGGUUGUUUUUCAAAUCUCUUCCUUAGUUUUCAUUACGUAAAUGUAUAUUUCAUAGUUUAUUUCAUUCCUUCGUUAUUGUUUGUUUUAUACCGGUCAAUCGGGCAUGUACCAUCAUAUUAUUAUUCUUUAUUUCUCAGAUAUCCUUUAGCUCCAGAAAAAUGUACGUUGUGAUGAUUCUUAAAAAUGCUAGGUAAUUAAAAGAAAGAAGUGUAAGUUUGCGCUAGGGCUUGCAGCGGCCAUUAAAACUGAUCAAACGUAUUAUCUUCAGAACUGAAGCUUCUCCGAAGGAAAAUAUACAGAAAGAAAAAUGUUGGGAAAUUCAUUCUGUGUAUGAAGUCUUGAUGUGUCAUAAGUUCUCUUGUCUUCAUGCGAGGUUGACUGGUAAAAUCUUUUACAAAUUGUGGUCAGGCUUACAGAGCUCUGAACUUAGCUCAUUCCAUUCCUCGUGGAACUACUGUAGUUAUCAUGAAAACUUUGCCACAUAAACGCUUUUUUUUUUGUUGGGCCAGAGCAUUGGUGUAGCGUAUUAUUAUUAUUUUUAUUUUUGCUAGUAAUUAAUUCUCGAAUAUGCAACUGAACUAUUGAACUACCGUUAUGGCUUCGUGUUGUUGGACAGUUUACUCUCUCUCUGUUUUUCUUUUUCUAUUUUUUUUUCAAAACUAGUCCGCUAGUGACCCUGCUGGAAGACGGGAUUUCUCGUAAUGAUACUUCAACUCCACUAGUUUUGGAUCGUCGAACAGGAAUUAUAAAAUUAUAAAUCAAAUUACUCAAAACGUUAUCAUUUAUUGGCACUUCCGUUAUUCCCCAGUGGCCUCUGAUCUAGCGAAUGCAAUUUCUUGAGUGGCAGACGUCAGUUUCCUUUUUUUUUUCUGUAUUUUUUUUCACUCUCACCUUUUUAAUAGAGAGGAUAACGCUAAUUGUGACUCAUCCAGAAAUCUGUGAUUUGUUCUGUUUUUGUUGUAUUAAGCAUCGCCUGGUGAGUUCGUCAGUGUGCGAAAAGAAAGUUCAUUACCUACUGAACUUCUUAAUUAGCGGUAAUUAUAUUCCAGUACAGUCACCUCUUUGACCUUUGGUGUUCUUAUACACUACAGUAAUUUUCAAGGAGUUAUAAUAACUCCUCUAGUGGGGUUAAGUUAACGUCUUACAGUGAAGUUAUUUUUUGGGGGAGUUAUUUUAACUCCAAAAAGGAGUUUAAAGAACUCUUUUUCAGGAGUACAAAUCACCCCAGAUAUUGAGGAGUUAAAAUGACCCCCAAAAAGGAGUUAUCCUGUACCUAAAAUUUUUACUCCACUUUCAGAGUUAAAGGUACCCAAAAAGAGUAAAAACAACCCAUUUAAGGAGUAAAAAUAACCCCUUUUUCGGAAUUAUUUUCACUCCAGAAUGGGAGUUAAAAGAACUCUCUUUCAGGAGUAAGAACGACCCUAAAUUUGGAGUUAAAUUAAGAGUUAAAGUAACCCCAUAAAAGGGUUUAUCCUGUACCUAUAAUGUUUGCUCCAUUUUUGGAGUGAAAAUAACUCCCUAAAAAUCACUGUGUAACACGCAAACGGAUUAUACGGUAACAGUUCUCAAAAGACCGCUUAUGUCAUCUUCAGUUCUAUUUUUAGCUGGUUUCCAUGAAAUCGCUUUGAUCGUUCAGAUUCUAGCGUUCUCAUGGAGGCUUAGCAGGAUGUAAUGAGGGUACAUAUGAUGUACUUUUGAGGUAAUCUUGUUCCCAGAACCCUCCCUAGAUCAGUCGCUCAGCUUCAUCGGUGAUGAGAAGAGACGACAUCAUAGUUACGUAUUGACAUUUUAUACUUUUACUUUCAUUUGUGUUCCCUACAGGGUCAUGCUUUCUUUCAUUAUCUGGAAAUCUAAACCGUAGUUUUUCAAUCUACUUAAUAUGGAAGCGGAAGACGAGAAGCCAAACGAAAGAGAUCUUUUGUGUGGCUGGAGGUCGUUUCGACCGAAAGUCCUUCAGAAACUCAACACGCCGAAAUGGUUUCUGGUGUUUCUUACAAUCUAUUCCUUCAUGCAAGGUAAGAACAAACGGUAACAACCUGUUUCGCUUGUUGUCAAACUCGCUACCUUCUAGUUCGCAUCACGGUCACUACAAAUUACUACCUGUAAACCAUUGAAAAUAAUUAUUUUCUUUAUCCAGUCUUUUGAUAUAUUUCUCGUUCUUUUAAGCUUGCCCCCUGAAAGUGAAAAUUCUCGACUUUGUCAAUAGGGAGUGAGCCCAGUAUGUAGGUAGCGAACUCGAAAGAAGUGGAUUUGACAAGUAGCGAAACCGGUGUGAAGCGAACAAACUGCUGCUACAUUAAUCUGAGUUUACUUACAUCUAAUUUGUCACAGAAAUAAUACUGCUCAAAAUAGGUGUUUAAUUGAAAAUUUUGUUUAACUAUAAAUAUCUGCUUAACAAGUGGCGAAUAAAGUUCAUUCAUUCAUUAAGAAGGUUGCUAAAAGUUAACGUUCGAGUACAUUUUCGAGUCAUAUAAUAAUGAGGGAUCUUUUAAAGAACACUUUCCGCUUUUUCUUAGAAAUUCCCGAAUGCUUUUAUAAUCUGACAGCGCUCGAAAGAUCACUGUUUUUGUUUUGAUAUGUGUUUUUUUCCCUUGUUAUCCCGUGACAUGCGUGCGCUCGCCCUAUGACUUAUAUAAGUAAUCAACGCGCAAGGUAGCCUGCUUUAGGAAAUAAUAUAUAGAUUUAGCCAGGGCUAAAAGCGAAGCUCUCGUCAAUAUAUAUGGUUUACUAAACAAAAUAUAAAAUCGUGUAACCCCAAGGGGCGACGGCAACGAAAACAGCCCAGAAAAUCAGUAGGUCUAACUAGCAAAAAAAACUUUGCACGUGCAGCACACUUUUUUUCUAAUUAGCAAAAAACAACUUUUUUGUACAUUUCUUUACCUCGCCUUCGUCUCAUUCUAUAAAAAUGCAGAAAAGAAUUUGGCCAAUAUCCAGCCAUCUCGACUUUUAAAAAAAGAAGACAAGCAAACGAACGAACAAAGAAAGUGAUUAAAUAAUAGGUUCACUUUAAGAUGCCGAAAAAUCGCCCACCUACCCCUCCCCUAACCCCAAUUUUUUUCUCUAAGUGAGCAACCUUGUCCCCAGGACCUUUCGCUUAGAAAAUUAGAGGAACGGGAAAGCCCUGGGAACGAGUUUGCUGAGUAAGAAAUUUUGGGUUAGGCGAGUGGCAGGUGGACAGUUUGUUAGAUAAGCGAUCUGGGCCCAGUUGCUCGAAGCAUGGUUAGCGUUAACCAGCGUUUAAUACAUUGACAACGUAUUGGUUAAAGCUAACCAUGCUUUGAGCAACUCAGCCCUGAAAUACAACAGAAUCUAGACUUUCUGUUGUGUUAACGGUAGUUUCUCUUCUACAGGAAUGAUUGCAACUGGGCUGACAGCCGCGGGGCUCACCUCACUCGAAAAGAGAUUUAAACUUAGCAGCAAACAAUCCGGAAUGAUAAUAGCAGCCAACGAUGUAUCGGCCCUUCUUCUCAUUAUUUUCAUUAGCUACUUCGGAGGUCACAGAAACAAAGCCCGCUGGCUUGGUAUAGGAGCCCUUGUAACUAGUCUCGGAUGUCUUCUCUUCGCGCUUCCGCAUCUCCUUGUAGGAAAAUACACUCCUCUUGAGAUUCAAAGAACUGGACUCGGGGACACCUGUUUGUUUAACACCACUGGAACUCCGAGCGGUGUCGAGAAAUGUACCGAAGCGAAAGGGUACACGGCGUGGAAGUACAUGUUAGUGUUUGUAGGUGCCAAGCUUCUUUUAGGUGCGGGGACCACGCCCUUGUUUACACUUGGUCCAGCCUACAUUGACGAGAAUGUGAGUCCCAAGGUGGCGCCCAUGUACCUUGGGGUGUGGUUCACGGCCACGUUUUUUGGUCCUGGCAUUGGUUAUGUGGCUGGAGGAUCGCUUCUUAACGUUUGGGUUGACCUUAUACAGGUAUGGCUAUUACAGAACUUAAAGUUCAAUACUCUCAUUUUCCGUUUGCAUCUAAAUUCAGUGAACUAGGCCGGGUUGUUGAAAGCGGGAUAAAGAUAACCCUGGAUUUAGCGCGAAAUUUGGAUUCAAGUCUGACCGCUUACGAAGCAGACUCCAGUAAAUUCUUUUUGCCUACAAUUUGACUUGUGGGUGCUGUGAAUGUCUAAGUGACAAGGAAAAUAAAGUUUUACCCCAGGUUAUCGAUAAUCGGCCCUCCACUAACGGAGUCCCUCUGGCAUUUCCACAAUCCAAUUCAUCAAAAUACCACAGAAAAAUACUGAUCGAGAGUGUUUUUAGGUAUUCCUUUUAUAGCAUAAAAAACGGCACCGCAGUAAAGAUCUACCCAUUAGUUUUGUUUUGAACGAUCACACGUUGUGGAUGUAAUCUAUAGACUCAAAAGUUAGGACACCAAUAUAAUAAACAACCCCACCGAACGGUGUAGCUUUUUGACGUUAAAACCGGUUCUACUUAGGCCAUGUCCACACGAAUCCGGAUAUUUUUGAGAUUGCAUAUUUUUUUUCGGCGUAAACCAAUCUGAAGGUGCGGUUUAGUGAGCGGAUUCACUGGUUUCGUGUGGACAGGAGGUCAAUUCGUGUUUAAAAAGCCAUGCGGUUUUAAAAUAUCUAGAUUUGUGUGGACAGGCCCUAAUGAACGGGAGAGAUGGAUCAGUAUUGAAUCACUAAUACCCCUCCCCUGACCAAAAUUUUGUCCUACGAGAGGGGUAGUUUGACAGUCACCUAGGGUCUUACACUGAUCUGGAAAGAUAAUGACAUUCAAAUGAUUGAUGUUUUUAUCAAAAAAGUGGUAAAGACAAGAGAUUUUCUCAACGGUAUGUUUACUAAAACUUUAUCUUUAAACCUCAUCAAUUUUGUUUUGGUUUCCAGCCCCCUGGAGUUGACUUAACGCCCGAUGAUCCCCGCUGGAUCGGGGCCUGGUGGCUAGGAUACUUUUUCGGGGGUCUGCUGUUGUUGUGUACGUCUAUAGCCCUGCUUGGUUACCCUAAAGAGAUGCCGGGAGCCAGAGAACGAAGAAUGAAUGCAAUCAGAGAGGGUCUUCUACCUGCUCGCGAUGAACACAUUCAAGGUCGACUGAAGGACAUUUUACCCGCUACAAAGGCUAUUCUAACUAACAGGACUUUCAUGUUUAACACCUGUGCAUUUUGCUGUACUACACUCAUCGCCACCGGUCUCGGACCUUUCGUCUCCAAGUUCAUACAGUCACAAUUCGGCAAGUCAUCUUCAACGGCCGGUAUGUAUGAGCAAUUACAGUGUUUUAGAAUUUUAGGUUUGGACUAAGGAGCUGUGUCACUAUUCUUAGGUAUUUCCUACAACCCUAAAAACUUAUAUAGAUCAAAGAAAAUCCUGAAAUGAUGGUUCAGUUUUAUUCAAAAUUACUCUGCUGCUAUACAUAAACUCUUAGGGUGUGUUUUUUGCACUCUACGGCCAGGAUGGAAACAGAUUGCAACUUGAAAAAACUGGCCCAACUUUUUGAAGUUAAACUACUGUGUUGACCAAAACAAAAACCGAUCAUGCUUUGUUUUCCCUUUAACGAGAUCAUGUGAUAUCUUUCUUUUGGAGUUCCAAGUAUGAAAAAUGAUGACCGAGAAUUGCUAGCAUCUCAGCUUUGACUUUGACUUAAUGUGGAACUCUUCAUGACUUAGCUCCUUUAAGUAGAGUUGUAGUCGAAAACAUGUAUCCCAUUCGAAACCUUGGGCCUGACAUGUUUUCCCUUUGUGUGUUUCCGCAGGAAUUCUUUCCGGUAUCGUAAUUAUCCCAGGGACUGCGGGUGGUAUUUUCCUGGGGAGUUAUCUUAUCAAGAGAGUGGAUGUGAGAAAGUCCUGUAAGAUAGCCGCCAAGUAUUGCUUCAUUUUUCAAUUCAUCGGCACCUGGGCCGUGUUAACUUUCCUCAUUCCCGGAUGUAAGACCACGUUGCUCGCUGGAAUCAGUCAUCCGUAUCCGUUCAACAACAGGUACAGUAAUAUCAUUUAAGCAUAAAAGCUGAUGAUCGCAUAAUUCUCUUGCUUAAGAUCAGAGGCAGGCAUGAUUACUGUUGCAGAAUAGAUUUCGAUUGUGGCGAUAAUGAUGAUGAUGGUGAUGAUGAUAACGAUGAUUAUGAUGAUGUUGAUAAGCUCAAUUAUAGUACAGUCGAUUUAUCAUAAGCUGUUGCUUAUGACAAAUCAUUAUGAUGGCCACGAUUGCUGUGAUGAUGGUGGUGGUGGUGGUGCUGAUGAUGGUGAUGACGAUGUUGAUGGUGAUGAUGAUGAUGUUGAUAAGUAAUGGUAACAGGACUGAGUGGAGUCCAAUUCGGUCUGUAAUCAUACGAGUGAUUAACAAAAUCGGACGACCGCGUAGCGGGAGUCCGAUUUGUUUAAUCACGAGUAUGAUUACAGACUGAAUUGGACGACACGAAGUUCUGUUACCAAUUAAUCAUAACUUUGACAAAAUUUGUGAUACAAUAGGCUAUUUUUUAAACCAAAACACAAGAAAUUCGAAAUUUUGUUUUGCUAGCAGUGAAAAAAAAAAGCCAUUUAAGCGCGCGCGUGAUGGCGCGUACUGUCCAAUUACUUAGGCAUGACGCGUACUGUCCUAUCAAACUGUCCAAUUAAGGCUGAAAUCAGGGCAGUUGAGAGCCAAUCAGAUUUGACAAUUUUGUUAUAGUUAUGAUUAGCUCAAUUAUAGUACAGUCGAACCCCGCUUAAUACGGACACCUUAUUAUUACGGACAGUUUGCUUUGUUCCUGUGGAAAGCCACACAUUUUCUCCAAAUUCAACCCGCUCAAUACGAACACGCGUUAAUGUGGAUAACGGAUAAAUGUUUCGUUAACAGCAUAUCAAUGUUCCCAGUGUUACAGUAAACCGGAUUGAAUGAUAUUUUCAAGCAUCAAACUAGUUAUGCGGAGAACGGUUUUGUUUAAGUAAUACACAGAUGAGCCAUUUUAGAGUGUUUUCGUGGAUUUAGUCCGCAAAAUGACGGAAUUGUGAAAGUUGGUGAUGUUUACUUUGACGAUGCGAAUGUCCUCUUUUAUUUCUUUCGUGUUUUGUUCUAAUAAAAAGUGUGUUCUGACUCGAAUAACAUGACCCGCUUUAUACGGACAUCCCGUUAAUACGGACACUUUCUUUGGCUCGUUCAGGUUUCGUAUUAACGUAGUUUGACUGUAUCAAACAUUGGGCACUGUUAGUUAUGGAAAAGACACUUCUAACCUACUUACAGAGCAACGUAGUGCGAUUAGGGGGUCAGAUAGUCGACCACUCGUCGCUAGAGCACGAUUUUAUUUAGAAUCAACUAAGCAACUUGAAUAUUUAGAAAAUCUCGCAACACACACAAAAAACUUUAGGACGUCCUAUCCUGUCCUGCGUCGUACAAGUCCUGUUAGCUACUAAGAGUUACCGAGAACUUCGGUUAAUAAUGGUUUAUGUAAUAUUUGAGGAGAGUUGUAGUUUACAAUGUGCAAAUUUCGUAUAGAGCUGUUGUUUUGGUCGUGACACGGAGCUUUUAAAGUAAAGAUUGCGUGACCAUGAAGCAAGGUGGACACGAUGUGGUGACUCUUGUUUCUAUUUACAGGACCCUAUCUGAAAUAGACAUUUCAGCGCCGUGUAAUUCUCUUUGUCACUGCAGUGGUCGUGAUUACGAUCCCGUUUGUGGAGUAGAUAAAGUGUCGUAUUUUUCUCCGUGUCACGCUGGAUGCACGGUACAAGUCAAGGACAAAGAGAAGAUGAAGAAGACCAACUUACUCUCUAUUGAAAAGGUAGGCACAGAAGAUGAAGCAGAGUCAACGACAUCGGGGAAAGAACCAAGGCUUAAGCCGUCAUUUUUGUAGGUUAAGUGUAAUACACCUUUCAAAUGUGACUUACUGUAACCACAUACGACGUUUCGAGCGCUUCCAUUUCCACAGAACGCACAGUCUCAGAGUUUAUCGCAGUUAACUCACGAAAUCAUGUGCACCAACACUGGAAGGGCAAGAAGACAAAAAGUGUCCUACAAUUUUGACUGAGACUUGCAGCAAGGUCUUCUUGAAUAUAUCCAGACCCCUUCGCAGUCUAAUUGUUCCUUGUUAUCUACAACCGAUAAAAGCCUAAGGAAAUGAAAUAGGUUCCCAGGAUGCAACACGUUCUCUUCAAAUUUGCCUCAGGAGAGACUGAGAACGAGUCAGGGUUAUCGUAUCAUUGCGUGUAGUGGGAAAUUAACUGUUGGUCAGUGGACACAGGUCUCUUAACAACAUUCUGUUGCUAGUUAUCUUUGUCGGCGCUAGCGGCAUGUACUGAUGAUCGAAAAGUAGCCUCCAUGCUGUACUACCCGCAAUGAGAAGAAAUCCUGUUUAGAUUAUGCAGUUUUUCUUAAGCCGACCAUAUUUCCCAACGGGCCUUAAGCAAGUUAGAAACCAGUCUUCCAUCUACGGUCGCGAAAAACUUAAACAUCGUAAAAAAAAGCUGUGAAACUUUGCGCGCUCAACCAGCAAAUAGUCUUAAAUUGCGAUUCUAAGGGGUUGCGAAAACCUGUACGGUAAAUAUUACCGUAUUAUCUGACCUCAACAUCAUUCUUCUUUCGUUUAGUUUUAAUAUUUUAAUUCAGUUGUCUUCUUUGCACAGAAUUAUGUCAACUGUCGCUGCAUCCCGUCCCCAGAGACAAGCGUUCCAUAUGGCUCUGCUAAACAGGGAACAUGUGACCGAGAUUGUAAGAAUCUCAUCCCCUUUCUUUUCGGUGCUGUGGUGCUGCUCAUCUUCAACUUUAUGAAUGCCACACCCAACAAGACUGUCGUGUUAAGGUGGGUUUUUUUCUGGCCACUUCAGAAACGAGGAGGGGGACUGGGCCGAGUCAAAGUUCACAAAGACUUCUGGGACUGUUCCCGGGGACAGGGAGAAAAAUUGGCCAAUAGCUGACCGCCGCGUCCUUAGUAACCAUCCCGGAAGUUCGUUUCUGCGGCAAAGGGGGCUUUCCAUUUGACAGAACUGGUCGGCCGGACCAUUGCUCUACCAUUGCUCUACCAGUCAGUUUGAAAAUGAAAUAGGCUUUUUCCAAGAGUUUUUGCUGAAGGACCAUCUCCUUCGUGCAUACUAUUCAGGAUUUGACUGAUCUGGCCGGAGAGUUUUGAUUAAAAGGGAAAUUAUCACUGCGACGGGAAUGGUCUGGCCGGUCAGUUCUGACAAAUGGAAAGCGCCCUAGUUGUAAGUGCUGAAAUUUUUUCAAGUUCUGGUGUGUUUGUUCAUGGCAGACGCAAACGUAAUACGCUUUUUUAAGCUCGCUUUGCUCUUGUUCAUCCUUUUUUUCUCUUAAGCUGCUUUAACUUACUCUCUUACUAAUGAACGCCCCACUUUACCCUAAAAUCAAAGUUGGAAUUUUCAGUUGUUGCUCUUAUUGCUACAGAAGUAGUGGCGAGAAGUUAAAGAGCAAGGUUAAGCAAAUUCGAAUUCCUCUCCCGAGAUCUUGUCGUUAAUUCUCGUGGGUCUCUCUGCCUUGCGUAGCAUUGAUAUUACAAGGCGAAAGUAGAUGGAGAUCAUUCGUAGGGCUUAAAGAGUAAAACAGACACUGAAUUACGCUCUGGCAAUUUCACUACCCCUCAUUUUUAACCUUCUCGAAGGGCCUGUUGAUAUGAAGGGGGUUAGAUCUGUUUGGCAGGCUGGUCCGGCUAAUGCCUGUGUCCAGUUUAUUCCAAAAUGUUCACAUGACCAAUUCCAGCCCGGUUUCGGGCUGAUUCCUUCACAUAAAAAUACUGAUGCAAAAAUCAUCGCGCCUACCGAGCUGGGCCGUUUAGGAUGCACUAAAUAAAUAUGGCGAAGUAGCUUAAGUAUGACUAUGUAGUAAAAAGCUUCUGGACAGAACCUAUGCGGUGUAGUGUUUCUACUUGACUUGUUUUCCAACAAUCAGUAGCAAGUUGUAAAUGACAGACAAACCAGAGAGCACAUGACAAUCUCUCUCGGUGGUUUUCUCUCUUUCAGAUGUGUGCCAGACAAUCAACGGACCUAUGCUUUAGGGCUGCAGUGGUUGUUUCUGUGUAUGUUUGGGUCCAUGCCGGGUCCCGUGGUGUUUGGUGCAUUCAUUGACAAGACCUGUAUUUUAUGGGAGGAGACAUGCAGUGGAAGAGGCAGUUGUCUUGAAUACAACAACGAACUGCUCAGUUACCUGUUAGUUGCAGCUGGACUCUUCUUUCAAAGUAAGACGUUUUCUUGUGUGACUGUGCUCAUUUUUAUGUUCAGUGAUGUAACGGCUAUUAGUAAACUUACGCAAAAGGUCGCCUGAUGAAGGAAGCCAACAAACCUUGUGUUACAAGCGUGACAAUAACUUUGUGUGAAAGAAAUGUUCCGUCAAACUUCACCUUCCUUUAAGCAGAUCGUUUUGUAAAAGACCAAAAUACGGUAGUAGUUAGUGAAGAGACGCAAAUGAUAGCCCUGUCACGUUUGUCACACAUACACACGUUUUGUCCUCCCCUUUUUUCUGCUGUCCUGUUGCGCUUGAUCUUGUGUUUGGAGAACAAAUUUUGUCCGAGUUUCCUUAGACUUUCAAAAAAGUCCUUCGUCGGAUUUCAUAUGGCGCGUCGCUCGCGGUCGGCCGCUUCGCGGCCAAACAAGGCUCACUCCGCUCGCCAGGAGGUAGACUUGUAGCAAGUCUACAGUUUCCUUUGCAACUUUCUAACGGACAUCUUUAGCGCCCCCAUUACCGUUCAGGGUUGACUGUAUUUAUUAUUUCUAUCUUCACAGUUCUUUCAGCGGCUCUUUACUUCGGUUCUUGGUUCUUCUGUAAGUCAAUCGACUCAACCCCAGCGGUCCCGGAUGUUGACCAUCCCUCCACCCCACAGUUACAACAUCGCCUAAGCCCUCCCCAGACGCCAGUACCAGGCUUUGUGUUCCGCCAAGAAAAACAGACGGCUGAUCAGCAGGCUGAUCCAGAACAGGAAGCUCUUGCGCAGGCUGGUCCUGACAGCAGAAGUUCUUCCCCAGUCCCUGGCAUUGCGCGGUAUUCCAUUGAUGAUGACAGUGUUUGUCUGUCUUUCAAAACUGCUGGUGAUGAGAGUGAGAGGAGAUUUUUACCGCAAAGCGAGUCGUCGAUUUAAAGGUGACUUAAAGGUACAAAAAACGUGUGCCGUUUGUCGACUUCUUCCUUCCCUUUGAGAGAUUCUUCAAGCACCUUAGAGUGUUCUGCAAGGAAUUUUUAGAUAACCCAGGUGGAGAUAAUGCAGAUAUAGUCAUCUAUUUGUUGGUGAAUUUUAGAUAUAGCAAACUUGUAUCUUUCGUGCUUCACAUACGUGAGGAAUUAUUUGGGUAUCUAAUAGCAUUUUACGUUAAGACGGGUCAAUAGUCGAUUUAAGGUUCGUAAGGAAUAGAGGAGGUAAUAUGACAGCUUUUAUAUGAUAACUAGAAGCCAGGUAAACUACUCCAUCUUUCCAUGCACUCAGGAGAUGGUUAUCCUGCGCAGGAACGUUUUGUUGUAACUGUAGCUGUUGUUAUCUUGAUUCUCAAAGGAAGAAUAGGAAAGUUACAUGUAAACGAUUGAUAUUAGAAAAAAAAUGUCGAGGUUAAGCAACGAGAAUGCUGACAUCCCGGAAGUCAUGAUUAGCAACCGGAGGUUCCAUGUCCGAUGGAACGCUUCUGUCUCACACAACGAAUCUGAAUGCCUUCGUUUUAACUCCCGCUGCACGAAUGUGUUGAGUCAGAGCACUGACAGAGAGAAAAUGUCAACUUCCAGUUGCCAUUUUUGACGUCAACGUUCUCGCUGCUUAAGGUCCCUAUUUAGAAAAAAGCCCAUUCCAUUUCAGCAUUGCAGCGUUAACAUAUCCUGGCCGCAUCUUAAAUCUUAAUUAUUGGUAUCUCGCAGUAUAAAACUUUGGAAUACUAUCCACAUUAUGAGUAGUAUAGGGCGCAUAACGUAACCUACACCACUUGAGAAGCUAUACUUAGAAGUAAAAAAGGUCGGCACGAAACCUAAUACGAUCCUAAUAUACAUAAUGAUAUGAAAUAUCAAAUUAUUUUUAUUAUUAUUAUUGUUAUCAUGGUUAUUGUUGUUUUUGUUUUCUUGUUUGACCCCCUCACCGAUGCAGUACAAAAAAGGCAUCAAAUGUAAGAAUAAUUUUGACAGAGGAAUUUUUGCACACUCUCCUUUCACGUUUGAAAUGAAGAAAAACUGAAACAAGUCAUUAUUAUAAAACAUGUAGUUUGAGGGAUACACUAUUCACUUAGGAAGCACAGAUUAUGAACGAUAAACUUAAGGAAUGUUGAAUCAGCUGGAAGUAGGAAUGACCGAUACUUAGUUAAAAAAUUGCUUGGGACAGAUAAAAAACUCAGUAAGUGCAUAGCCGUUUCAUUAUAAUACAAUUUUAGGACCAAUAAUGGAGCAGUACUAUUUGGAUUUAACUUUGUUCCAUUUACCAUGUAAUUAAUAUUAUAUAUUUUUGAUAUUGCUUUUCUCCUAUUUAUUUUAAUUGGUGGUCGUUUUAUAGAAUUUUUUUUGUUUUUGGGGAAUUAUAUAUAAAUAUUUUCGUUAUUUUUCAUAUAUUUAAACACCACAGGUGUAAUUCAGCUCAAAAAAGGCCUUUCACCCAGCAGCUUUUCUCAGUAAGAGCUAUUUUAGAUACACAUUAAGGUAUAAAAACAAAUCACUUAUUUUCACUGCAUGGGAUUGUAAAUCACUAUGUCAAUAAUCCAUGAUAAGCAGUCAUGAGGUAGCUUUAAAAAAGAUAGCGUGGAAUGUAGAGAAGAUUGACAAGUAUCUGGGAUUGUUUUGAGAGAGUUUAUCUAGUGAAAGUUUGUCAACGCUAAUAAUAACCAAGGGAAAUAUUUUAAAGAUAGUGCUUAAGCUGAGAUUAAGGAUUAGCAUAUAUCUUAGCGAUAUCUUUGUGUUUCUGGUUUCUCAAAAUCAGCGAAAAGUCAGUAAACUAGAAGUCAGAAUAGAUCGUUUUCACAUGACGUCACGGGGACUAAUUUGUGUACAAAAUUAAACAAUGAGACGGCGGCCAUGUUUGUCUACCGGAAUAAUCCUCUGAGAAUGUAACUCUGUUCUCAUGUAGAAUCUUCCUUUUGUUUCAAGAACUUUACCUAGCUCCUAAUCACGUGAGUUAAUUCGACCUAUAAAUAGCAACUCUCUCGUUAUUUCCGCCUUUAGAAGAGGCAUUACAUACCGUUGUUAGUUAGCUGAUCUUGGCUCUUUUCCCUCAAGUGCUUGCUCGGCCACUUUCGAUCCAGGCCACCUCUCUUUUUCUAUUUGAGCGAAAUAUUGCUUUAUAACGCAAUAUUUGACCUUCUUAAUAAGCUCGUUCCUAGGGUCUCUCUUGUUUUAAUUGUCUCCUUCGUUGUACGUUUUCGAGAGCUUCUGUUUCUUGUGAGUGCUCAGUUAAGUGAAAUUCUUAAAGAGUUAAUAGUACAGAGCUGAGAACAGAAAAUUCAGAACUAAAGAGAGUCAAGUUCAUCCUUAAAAGUGUCGGAUUUGUUUAAAAGACUUUUCCCCAAUAUUCCAACCUUUCGUAACAAAUGCAUCUUUCCUAUUUCCCCGUGUAUGUUUUUUAAACAAUUUGAAUUCAAAAUCCUUUCCCUAGUUACACUUUAUCUGCCUAAUUCUUUUCAACAAUUAAUUCUUUCAGUAAUUACGUUCAAAUUUAUUCGAGUGCAUUUAUAUUAAGUUCGUACUGUACGCUUGUAUAUAGGAUAAAAGAGAAUGUUUUUAGCAAUGACACGAGGAAGCAGACCUUUUUUGACAAACCUGUACUGCUUUGCUACUUCUCGAAAGAUGUUCGUUCUGUUGAUCCAAGAAAUUCCAUGCUCGCCCUCUCCCAACACAAGUCCUUUUUAACACUAUAGCGUAAAUUUUACACCCGGUGUUUUAGAGUGAAUGUUUCUAGAAGUAAGCAGUAAAGGUGCACCACAAGAGACGUCUGUUUUCCUCAGUGCUCGAGUUACUUGAAGAUAGUUGAACUCACACUCUUGUCGAAGCCAAUCAGUGGUUGAAGCAGUUAAUUCUAAAAUUCGAUCAAUGUUAUAUAAGAUUGUUCCGCGGAUUCGCGUUUUAGAUGAAAUCAGUCCAUAAAAACUCGACUGGUUAUUUAAUUAAAAUUUUUUCGAUGGUUAAUGAAAACUCAGUUUCACAGAUUAAUCGUGUUUUCUCCCGUCAGGGGGCUCUUGUUUACCGAUAAUCUAAAAGUCAAAAGUGAGUUUUGAAUUACGUUCAUUUGAUCACAGACUUUUAAAGAACACAGUGAAGGCUUAGUGAAAACUAUCAACCUUUGUUUAUUAGUAAGUAAAAGUAGCGGCAAUUAAUUUAAAACAAAGUUGUUUUCGUAACU